UCUAUUCACAUCAGACUUUUAUCUGCGCAACAGGAGACGGGGCGGAGAGACGCACCAGAGCUGUCCGCGGUCCGGACCAGCGAGCACAGACAGUAACGCGCAAGAGAGAAAACACCAACAAAAACUCCGAGAAAACAUGAGUCACUACGGCUCUAGUUCGAGACUGGCCAGCAUGGGCCAGAGGAGUAAUUCCCGGCCGGAUUUGUCGGGUUUCCGCCAGGACGGCUACGCCGGGGGGAACGGCUUCAUGGGGGAGCUGCAGGCUGGAGACGGAGCUGGAUACAACUAUCACACCUCCACCUUCUCCAGGCACACCAUCCACGGAGGAGGCGGGGGGGUCAAGGUGUCCGGCGGUGGGGGCAUGGGAGCCGGCGACGGGGGAGGAAUGAACAUACAAAAUAUUAGACAGAAAAUUCUUUACCUGAUGAACCAAUGUCCGGAAUUCCUGGAAAGAGCCAACAUGAUUGUCCACAGCGGGGGUCCGGCCAUAGAAGCUGAGAAGUGUUUGAGCCUGGCUGCAGAACACAUUGAGCAGCUCAAGAAUUGCAGCAGAACUCUCAACCAAAUGCGUGUACAAAAUGAUGUUUUCAAAAGUGUUGAACAGUUCCAGCAGUUCCACGCUGCCGUCCAGCAGAAGCUUGCCAGUGGAACUAUAAGAAGGAGCAAUGAUGAAGAACGGUCCUUUACCGACGCCAUUGCCUGGAUUAACCAACAGAAGCGGCUGAUUGAGACAGCUUCAUGGGGAGAUGACGCCAGUUCCAUAGAAAAGCAAAUCAUGUCCCACAACAAGUUCCACAGCUCGAUCCAAAGAAGCAUGGAAGUAGAUCGUGCCAGAGAGGAGCUGCUCAGAGGGGACGACAGGUAUCAUUAUUCCAGGAUGGAGAGUGAAUGGGACGUCCUCCAGAAAAUGUCUCACAAUCGCAUGAGUCAGCUGCGAGACCUUCAGAACAUCAUCGAAGAGGUCUCUCAAGCCAUCAUGUGGGUGAAUGAGAGAGAGGAGGAGGAGCUGGUGUUCGACUGGGGAGAUAAGAACAUCGAUCAGUACAUCCCCAAGAAGCAGGAGAGCUACUCUAGGCUGAUGAGGGACCUGGAGGAGAAGGAGAAGGACCUGAACAAGCUGAAAGUGAAAGCUGAUGGCCUUGUGAACAACAACCAUCCCGCCUCAGACAAGAUUGAUGCCUACAUGGACACCCUGCAGACCCAGUGGAGCUGGCUCCUGCAGAUCACUAAAUGCAUCCACGUUCAUUUGAAGGAGAAUGCUGCCUACAGCCAAUUUUUCAAGGAAGCCAAUGAGACGUAUGCAAAGCUGCAGAAACAGCAUGAGACGAUCCGAACCAAGUUCACCUGCAACAAGAGCACCCCGCUGGAUAACCUCUCAGAACUCCUGAAAACCCUGGAGAAUGAGAGAGAACGGAUCUUGGAGAAUAAGAGACAGGUCCAAAGUCUGGUCAACAAAUCCAAGUCCAUCGUCAGACUGAAACCUCGCAACCCUGAGGAGAAAAGCAGCAGCCCUGUCAUGGUGCGGGCCUUAUGUGACUUUAAACAGGACCAGAAAGGCAUAUUAAAAGACGAUGAAGGUAUCCUGAAAGACAACUCUCAUCGCAGCAAGUGGCAGGUGACGGGACCCGGCGGUCUGGACAUGCUGAUCCCGUCCGUGUGCCUGCUCAUCCCCCCGCCAAACCCGCUCAGCAUUGGCCUCGCCAACAAAAAUGAGCAGUAUUACGAAGCCAUCAUGGGUAUUUGGAAUCAGCUCUACAUUAACAUCAAGAGCCUCAUCUCCUGGCAGUAUUGCCUCAGAGAUAUGAACUACAUCAAUUCCCUCACCACUACAAUGCUGUCAAAGAUGCGUCCUGACCAGUAUCGGAGCAUCAUCAAAAGUCUGGAGACUCACUUCCAGGAGUUCAUGCGUAACAGCCAAGGUUCUGAAAUGUUCGGGGAGGAUGACAAGAAAACCAUGAAGGGGAACUUCGAUAAAGCUCAGAACCACUACGAUACACUGAUCAUCCAGCUGCCGACUCUCAAUGGACAGGAGGUGAAGCCUGAACCUCAAAAACCAGAAGUUGCAGUUAAGGUGCCUGCGACCAAAGUCCCAAAGCCGCAGCCUCCUGCAGCGAGCUCUACCAUCAGCAUCACGCUGCUCAACAGUCUGCAAGCGCUUCGACACAAGCUGGAGGUGGCAGAAUCUGAUCUCACCAGUCAUCUCCACGUCCCGCUGGGGGAGAACAGCGUGCACGAGUGCUCCGUGCACAUUCAGAGGCUGCAGGGAGUUCACCAAGAUAUAGAAUCUAUUCAUGAUGAGUACCUCCACCUGAGAGAGAAGAUAACAAAGCAGCUCAAGGGGAUACCUGCAGACUCGGAGCACGCCAAGUUCCUCCGCUCUGAACUGGAAAUCAUCAAUCAAAAACUGGCCGGCCUGCAGGGCCUCUAUGCUGCCUAUUCACAGAGACUGUCUGCCCUCAGGGCCUUGCUUCAAAACCUUCUCCAGGCCGAGGACAUCAUUAAAGUCCACGAGGCCCGGCUGACCGAGAAGGAGACCAGCUCCCUGGAUGUCCGGGAGCUGCAAAACCAUCGGAGCGUGCUCAAGCAAAUGAAGAACGAACUGGAGCAAAAACAAGACCUGCUGACAUCUAUGGAGUCGGACCUGGCCAAAGCCGUGCACUGGAACGGUCAGAUUUCUGCCCCCUUCCACAAGUGUGACGUCGAUUUGGCCAAAUACUCAGAGGUUCUGAACCAGAUGUUCGAACGCUGGCACCGCAUCCAGACUCAGAUCAAGAACAGAGUGUGGGACCUGGACAAACAGGAGCAACAGCUGACACAAUAUCAGCAGAGCAGCUCCUCCCUGGAGCAGUGGCUGGACAAUGCCAGGAAACGCCAGGACACCCUUCAGACGGUCAAGCUCACUGACAUCCAGACUCUAAUGGACCACCUCAACCAACAAAAGGCACUUCACAAUGAAAUUAAAGGGAAGAAAGACAAAGUAGAGGAUGUGCAGAAAGGUUCAGAUACUUGUGCUUCCUCAAUAAAGGACUUUGAGCUGCAGCUCGCUUCCUACAGUUCCGGCCUGGAAACUCUGCUUAAUGUUCCUAUCAAGAGAACGAUGCUGCAGUCUCCUGCUUCUGUGAUCCGGCAAGAGGCUUUUGACCUCCAGACUCGUUACAUAGAGCUACUGACCCGCUCUAGUGACUACUACAAAUACCUUGAGGAGUUGCUCAAGAAAAUGGAAGAGCUGAAGUUAAGGAACACCAGGAUUGAGUUGCUGGAGGAUGAGCUGAGGCGUUUGAAAGAUGACCUCCAGGAUCGCAAUCAGACAAAGAAGUCUCUCGAGGAUGAACUGGCUCGCUACAAGCUGGAGCUCAGUCAAACAAAAGAUCAACUAAUCACGACUGAGGAAGUGAAGAGAACCUCUGCAAUGCAAGUCAAUGCUGCCAAAGAGAGCCUGGAUAGCACACACAGCCAGAUUCAAGACCUGGAUGACCAACUGACUCGCAUUAAAUACCAGCUGGAUGAGGAAAAGAGGAAAAGGAGGUUGGCUGAAGAGCGUUACGGAAGUCAGCAAGAGGAGUAUGAGGCGGCUGUUCGCCGCAGGCAGAAAGAACUGGAAGAACUCAAUUGGAUCAAGAUUGACUUGGAAAAGUCUGUGAAGGACAGGGAACGUGAAUUGGAGAGGCUGAAGAUACAGCUAGAAGAGGAGACGGCACGUCGACGAAACGCUGAAUCAGAUAUCUCAAAGGUAAGAACACAGUGCACCCAGGAGGUUAAUCAACUUAAGCAGACACACGAGAAAGAGAUCCACGUUUCCAAGACCACCAUUCUGAAAGUCUCACAACAAAAAGAGGAGGAUUCAGCAGACCUAAAGCUGCAAGCUGAGAGACUCGCUGCUGAGAAGAGAGAUCUGGAGAGCGAGCUAAGGAGACUGAGACAAGCUGUUGCCUUCACCGAGGAGCAGAAGAGCAAGGCAGAGCAGGAAAUCAGCCAGCAGAGGGCGUCAGUGACACAGGAGACGAGGAUACGCAGUGAGCUGGAGGUGCAGAUAAGAACUCUCCUGCAGCAGCGGGGAGAACAUGAGAUCAAGUUAAAGGAAACCGGCAACAGCAACCAAGAAAAGUCCAGACAGAUCAGCACGCUGACAUUUAAGCUGGAAGAAGAGGAGAAGAAGAGGAGAGCUCUGGAACUGGAUCUCAAUCACCUGAAACAAGCUGAUGAAGAGCUGAGAGCAAAGAACUCCUCCUAUCUUGAGGCAAUUAACAAACUUAAAGUGUCUGAGCAGGAGGUUAGGAUCACUAGAGUGGAGCUGGAAAAGCAGACCAGUGAGAAAACAAAGGCUGAGCAGAGCUCUGCCAGGCUGCAGAGCCGUGUCCGGGAACUUCAGUGCUCUCUGGAGGGGAUGGAAGCUGAGGUGGAAAAGCAAAAGAAAGCAACGCAGGAGGAGUUCACUCGUAGAAAGCGAAUGGAGGCCGAGUUGGAGAGGAUGACGCGUACCUGCAGAGAGCACACCACCACAAUUAGCUCACUGAAAACUGUUCAAGUAGAGGUCUCCAACAGUGAGAGAAAGUACGAGCAGGACCUCAGGGCUCUCCAGGAGGCCCUGGACAAGAGCCUGAGAGAUCACAAAGCCACCAAGGAGGAACUGGCAGCUUUGACAGCCGAGCUUAAAACGCUAAAACAGAAGCUGCAGCAGGAACUGGCCCGAAUUCACGAGCUCAACCAACGAAACGAAAGCUUAUACAAAACCAUAGAGGAGAAGAGCCGCCAACUUAACGAGUACACCACAGAGAUUGAAAAGCUGAAGACUCUGACACAGAACCUGACAAAGGAGAGACUGAGACUGGAGGAGGAGCUGAGGGGCGUCAAACAAGAGAGAGACGAUCUGAAGAUCAGCAAAGAUGCCAUUGAUGGACAAAGUGCUACUCAAAUCUCAACUUUGCAUGUGCAGCUUCAAAGUAGCACCAAGAGGACAGCAGAGCUCCAGGCUCUCAUCGGUGACCUCACCAAGGAGAGAGAAAAGCUUAAAAUGGAAAUAGAAAAAAUCCAAAAACAGUCAAUUGAGACUUCAAUAGUUGCCCAAGAGAGUCAAAGCCAAUACAGUGAGCUGAUGCUGCAAAGGGAUAGUCUGCAGUCCAGGCUGAAACUUUUGGAGCAGGACAAGAACCGCCAGCAGCGACUAGAAGAGGAGCUCUCUCGCAUCAAAGUCACACUAGACACUGAGAUUCGCAACAAACAGCGUCUGCAGGAUGAGAAAAACUCCAUCCUUAACGACUUCAAUUCAAUGAAGAGCCAGUACGAUUUGAAAGACAGCCAGAUUAGGCGUUAUGAGUCAGACGUGGAAAAGGCCGACCGGGAGAGGAUGUCCCUGAAGAGUGAGAUUGAGAAGCUCAUGAAGGAGCUGAAGGUUGUUGAGGAGAGGUACAAGAGCCGACUGUUUAGCUCAGAACAGGAGGCGCUGGACCUGGCCGCAAAGAAAGACCUCCUGGAAAAAGAGAUCCAGAGAUUGAAGCAGAAGCCUUACGCUCUGAAUAGGCAGACCCAGACGGAUGAGAAAGUCGUAACAAUUGAUCCCUCAAAGCUCGUAUUUGAUGGCGUGCGACGCAAAGUCACCGCUCACCAGCUUUGUGACUGCGGCAUAAUCAGCAAAACUACCUUAGAGGAGCUGCUCAAGGGGAAAAAGACGGUGGAUGAAGUGGCUGCAGACAUCCAGCUUAGUUUAAAGGGUGCUGGCAUUAUUGCUGGGAUGACAACAGGUUUUCAAGGGAGAAUGUCUUUUACCGAAGCCAAACAGAAGUCUCUCAUCAGCCCAGAGAGCGCUCUCAUGCUCCUACAAGCUCAAGCAGCAACAGGCUACAUAGUGGACCCUGCAUAUAAUAAAGCGAUGCCUGUGGAUACUGCCUGUUCCAGAGGGGUUGUAGAGACGGAGGACAGGGACAUCCUAGUGACAGCCGAAGCAGCUAGCACCGGCUUCAAAGAUCCACUAACCGGCAAAAUGCUGUCUGUGGGACAGGCUUGCAAAAGAGGCCGCAUCGACAGGGAGACGGCCAUCCGCUUGCUCCAGGCGCAGGAAUCCGCCGGAGGCAUACUGGACCCUGUUCUGAGUGUGUUCCUUCCAAAGGAUCUGGCCUUGGAUCGCAAUCUCAUAGAUGAAGAUCUCUACACAGCUUUGAAUAAAAAACCCACCUGCUACCUGGAUCCAGCAACGAAAGAGAAGAUAAGUUACAAUGACCUUAGGAAAAAGUGUACAGUAGAACCUGUGUCUGGCUUGCUCCUGCUCCAGGCUCCAGAAAAGUGCAUGACAGUGAAGGGUAUCCGUGGGGAGGUGUCUGUCACGGACCUCGUCAAAUCUGAGCUACUCGAUGAAACCGAUCUGCAGAAACUCAAUCAGGGCAAACUGACUAAAAAAGACAUCGAAGACAAGCUGAAGUCCUACCUCCAUGGGUCGACCUGCAUUGCUGGGAUCUACGAUGAGGCCAACAACAGGAUAAUGCCUUUCUAUCAGGCUAUGAAAGAUGGUCUGCUCAUGAGAGGAACCACUCUGGAGCUUCUGGAGGCCCAAGCAGCAUCUGGAUUCAUAGUUGAUCCAGUUAACAAUGUCUUCUUGCCAGUUGAGGAAGCCACAAAAAGAGGCGUCAUAGGGAAGGAGUUCAAGAAUAAGCUGUUGUCUGCAGAGAGGGCAGUGAUUGGUUACAGAGACCCAGCAACAGGAAAGACGAUCUCUUUAUUCCAGGCUAUUGCAAAAGAUCUAAUUGAGAAAGGUCACGGAAUCCGGUUGCUGGAGGCUCAGAUUGCCAGCGGUGGCAUUAUUGAUCCAGUUGAGAGUCAUCGUAUUGAUGUCUCAGUUGCCUACAAAAAGGGAUAUUUUGAUCAGGAGAUGAAUGAGAUCUUAACCUAUGAAGGUGAUGACACUAAGGGGUUCUUUGACCCUAACACCAAAGAGAACUUGACCUACCUUCAGCUUAAGGAGAGGUGCAUCACAGAUCCCAAAACGGGCCUCAUACUGCUGCCACUCAGAGACAAGAGGAAGGCCCAGACAACCCAGGAAAGUCGCAGCAAUGUCACCCGCAAGAGACGGGUCGUCAUCGUCGACCCAGACACCGGGCACGAGAUGUCCGUCAGGGAGGCCUACCACAAGGAGCUCAUUGACUACGAAACCUUCCUGGACUUGUCGGAGCAGGAGUGUGAGUGGGAGGAGAUCACCAUCAAGGCCUCGGAUGGCUCUGCACGCCUUGUGAUCGUGGACAGGAAAACCGGAACCCAGUACGACAUUCAGGACUGCGUAGACAGAGGCGUCGUUGACCAGAAGACUCUGGAUCAGUAUCGUGCCGGAACCCUGACCUUGACACAGUUUGCAGACAAAAUUACCAGCAAGACCAGUAGCACUGAGAUGAACAUCGCAGCCACUUCUGUUGACGACAUGGUUGCCUGCAGCAGUCCCACCCUAGCCGCCCCAACCUCACCUACUGUACGCAAACGCUUUGACAGUAUUUCUAUCACAGUCUCCCCCCCAGAGAUGUUUGACGAUCAUAGCCCCGUGGCCGCCAUAUUUGACACAGAGACCUUGGAGAAGAUAACUAUUGUUGAGGGGCUCAAAAGAGGCAUAGUGGACACUCUUACGGCACAGAGGCUGCUGGAAGCUCAGACUUGCACCGGCGGUAUCAUCAAUCCUGCUACUGCUGAAAGGCUGUCACUUGAGGAUGCCGUCCAUCAGGGUGUCAUAGAUGAAAGCAUGGCCACAAAGCUGAAACCUGCCCAGAAGGCUUACCUUGGUUAUGAGGAUGUUAAGAUCAAACGAAAAAUGUCUGCAGCCGAGGCAGUGAAGGAGAAGUGGUUGCCUUAUGAGGCCGGCCAAAGAUUUCUGGAGUAUCAGUACCUGACAGGGGGCCUGAUAGAGCCUGGCAGCAGCUCCCGAGUUACCAUCGAGGAGGCCAUCCGCAGAGGCUGGCUAGAUGGGCUAUGGGCCCAGAAGCUGCAGGAUUGUCAAAACCACCAGAAGAACCUGACCUGUCCUAAGACUAAACUGAAGAUCUCGUAUAAACAAGCCAUGGACAGCUGCAUGGUGGAAGAAAGCAAUGGCAUGAAGCUCCUGCAGGCAUCCUCCAUAUCCAGCAAGGGAAUCAGCAGCCCCUACAAUGUUUCUAACCCAGGAUCACGUUCUGGAUCCAGGGCAGGUUCCCGCACCGGCUCCAGGAGCGGCUCUCGAAGAGGCAGUGUGGACUACUCCUCUUCUUACUCGUACAGUUUCUCCUCCAGUAGCGCCAGCUAUCGCUCAAACUUGCAGUCUUAAUGCUUUCCACAAAGAAAAAAAAGAGCAUUUAUUAAUACACGCUACUUCUGUGUAAUCUUAGUAUUUUAAUAGUUCACUUUUUUGCUGUUUUUUUUUUUUUGUUUUUUUUUCUACUACCCAUAACAUUUAUAACAUUUAGAAAGGUUGGGUUGUUUAAAUACUUGAGAUCAGUUGAAUGUUUUGAUGAGUUGGUGUUUAAUAUUAACUGCUUAGAACAGUUCACAAUCUUCUUAUAACACUUGAAUUAACCACAUGAUGCUUUAUUGCCAUUGUAUUGUCACAGCUUUCCUUACUUUACAAUAUAACUUGUAUUGUAUUGCUUCUGGACUGCACUGUCAGCGUAGCUCAGGCACUGAUUCUUAGUUGAUUACAGAUUCCUUCAUGUAUUUUUAAGGAAAAAUUUUAUAUGCAAAUGCUGUUGCUGUUGCUGACUGUUUAACAAAGUAGUGAGUUGAUUAUCACAC